AUGGUAAAUGAAAAUUUUGAUGCAGAGAAAGAGGAUCUGAGAGUCUUCAGCUACAAGGAACUGAAGAAAGCAACAAAGAAUUUCAGACGAGACAUGGUCAUAGUUCGCUUCGAUUGUUCUGUUCGGACAUUCUCCAAGUGCUACAUUGACGAGACCACUUUUUCUCUAUCAAGAACUGUAACCCGAAUCCCUGUUUCUGUCCUGGAAAGUCAUAGCUUGCUGUACACUCCACAAGAUUUUGAGGAACAAGUGAAGUCCUUAGGACAGAUUUCUCAUCCCAAUUUGGUUAAAAUUUUGGGAUACUGUUGUAAAGAUGACAAAUCACACUUCUUGGUUUUAGAUUACUUACACAAAGGAAGUUUGGACAGUCACCUUUACGGAAAAGAAGACGCAUUGCCAUGGGAGAUACGGGUUAAGAUCGCAAUCGGAAUAGCUAUUGGUCUUGUGUUUCUCCACUCUAUCAAGAACAUCCCGCUACAUCAAGAAUUCAGAAUGCAUAAUAUUAUUCUUGACGAGCAAUACAAUGCAAAAUUGUUGUAUCUUAAAUCAAACGAACAAUGUUUGGAAAAUCCACAAUUCAAAUCAGAAGUUAUGUACGUCUCUCCUGAAUAUUGUCUCAACGAAACUAAGACCGAUGUUUUCACAUUUGGUGUGAUCUUGCUUGAGCUUUUAACUGGUUCCAAAGACACAGUAAGAAAUGAGAGAGGCAAAAACAGAUGUUUCGAGACAGCUUUCUUGCCCCAUGAUCCCAAGAUUGGGGAAAUAAUCGAUCCACGACUUGGGAGCGAUUAUCAUGUGAAUGCUGGGACAGAGAUGGUCACACUCAUCAGAAGAUGCACCAAGUGGGAGUUGAAUGCACGACCAUCGAUGGAACAAGUCUUGGAUACUCUAAACUACAUUGCAGAGAUUAAGGAUGAAUGUGUGUAG